AUGGGCACUGGCCGCACAAAUAGUAAUGCACCUGUCAUCAAUAGAUUCACAAGACGUGCAUCAGUUUGUGCUGAAGCUUUUAAUCCUGAUGAUGAAGAGGAAGACACAGAGCCUAGGGUUAUUCAUCCUAAAUCAGAUGAGCAAAGAAACAGACUUCAAGAAGCUUGCAAAGAUAUUCUCAUUUUCAAAUCUUUAGAUCCGGAACAAAUGUCUCAGGUAUUAGAUGCUAUGUUUGAGAAGAUAGUAGAAGCUGGUGAACAUGUAAUUGACCAAGAUGAUGAUGGUGAUAAUUUUUAUGUAAUAGAAAGAGGAACAUAUGACAUUUAUGUAAAAUUAGAUGCCAUUAGUCGUUGUGUGGGAUCAUAUGAUAACCGUGGAAGUUUCGGAGAGCUAGCCUUAAUGUAUAAUACUCCCAGAGCCGCCACAAUCAUUGCUACCUCAACUGGUGCUUUAUGGGGUUUGGAUAGAUUAACAUUCCGAAGAAUUAUUGUGAAGAACAAUGCUAAAAAGAGGCGAAUGUAUGAAUCGUUUAUUGAGACACUUCCAUUGUUAAAGUCAUUAGAGGCUUCUGAAAGAAUGAAGGUAGUUGAUGUAAUAGGAUCAAAGACUUACAAAGAUGGAGAACGAAUAAUUGCUCAGGGAGACUUGGCAGAUUGUUUUUAUAUUGUGGAAUCUGGUGAAGUUAGAAUUACUAUGAAGCGUGGCAAGUUUAAAGACGAUGGAGAUGGUGCAGUUGAAAUUGCACGUUGCACAAGAGGACAGUAUUUUGGAGAGCUAGCUUUGGUAACAAAUAAACCACGAGCUGCCUCUGCUUAUGCCGUGGGAAAUGUCAAAUGUUUAGUUAUGGAUGUGCAAGCUUUUGAACGAUUACUUGGACCAUGUAUGGAAAUCAUGAAGCGAAACAUUGUUAACUAUGAGGAACAGCUAGUUGCACUGUUUGGUUCUAAUAUGGACAUAACUGAUUCCAGUGCAUGAAAAUCACAUGAGGUUUUGGAAGAAAAAUGAAGAGUUGUUCCGGGGAACCUUUCAUGUGUGUGGAUGCCAUUCAUCUUUUCAACAUAAUACUCUGUUUUAAACUUUUAAAUUAUACUGUAAUUAUAGUAAAAAAAAUCGCCACACUUCUGGAAAUAUGAAGAAAUGUUUUGGUUUAAGGUAUAUAACUAAUUUCUUUUUAAGCAUUAGUUUUGGAAUUAUUGUCUUGUUUGAAGCUCAUCCUGUUGUAAUUUUUAAUAAUAAUACACAGAUAAUCUGGGAUUCACUUUUAUGAAAGGUAGGGUAUUCAGAGCAAAACACUUGCAAAGACUGUAAAGAAGCAAAAUACUGUGACUUUCUGUAAAGCAUCUCUACAGUUAGCUUUUUAAUAUGUGUAUUUUGUGCAUUUUUAUUUGCUUUGUUUAACAAAUUUUGAGAGCAGCUGCCAUUGUCCUUUCCCAUAUUCUGCUAGGAAUGAGAAAACAAUGACAAAAAUAGUAAGAUGAUUUACUUAUAACAGUCAGUAAAAUAAUGCCUUUAGAUAGUUUAAUAAAGUCAUAUAUUUAUUAAUUAAUUAUUCUAACUUGCAAAUAGCAAGUAUCAUUCAGUUAACCCAAAGAGUUCAUUCAUAUAAAUUGAAAGCAAGUGCUUCUCCUAAUAAAAUUGUUGAAAAAAU